GGGACACAGUAGAAAGUUCUUUGUUUCUCUCACGCGGCAAUGAAGUCAAAGCCAUCCACCUCAUUCAGUCAUUUCUCUGCCUGCUGCCUCUUCUCUUCACGACCACUUAUAUAAAAAUUCACUAAUUGAUUGAACCAUUCUUCCCUCGUAUACUCAUUCCUAAUAUUCUUCUUUGCAAUUUUUCUCUUAUUUCAUUUGCCAUUAAUCCCCAGCAAUUGAAUCCUUAUUGUUCCCACAUAUUGUACUCCUUACUAGGAUUCUUCUUUGCACUUUUCUCUUAUGUCACUGCAAUAAAUUGCCUGCAGCAUUUAUUGUGUUCGAUUAUUAAUUUCGACAAACUAGCUCGUCUUUUUUCUUGGUUUUAUUAUUAUUUCUCUCUUAUAAGUACUUUAUAAGGCAAUCUUAAGGAAGAAGUUUCAGGUUUUUUUUUUAAAGACGGCGAAACAGAAAAGAUGGCUGGUAGUGGAGGUGGAAGAUCGUUGGAGCAAACGCCGACGUGGGCGGUUGCCGCAGUUUGUUUUGUGUUAGUUGCAAUUUCCAUUGUCAUAGAACACAUCAUCCAUCUAAUUGGAAAGUGGUUCAAGUCUAAAAAGAAAAGAGCCUUGUUUGAAGCACUUGAAAAGAUCAAAGCAGAGCUAAUGCUGCUGGGAUUCAUAUCAUUGCUGCUAACAGUAGGACAAAGUCCGAUUUCCAACAUAUGUGUAUCUGAGAAAAUUGGAAAUUCAUGGCAUCCAUGUAGUAAGCAGAAAGAAGAAGACAUAAUCAAGGGUGAAGACAUUAAUUCAGAAGAUUCGUCGGAGCAACACCGCCGGAGACUUCUUAUGGCGGCUGCCGGCGGGAGCGUUCGGCGAAUUUUGGCUGGUGGUGGAGAGGACAAAUGCGCAGCCAAGGGAAAAGUACCAUUUGUGUCUGCCGAUGGUAUUCAUCAACUACACAUUUUCAUCUUUGUGCUGGCUGUUUUUCACGUUCUCUAUUGUAUUCUCACUUUGGCUUUGGGAAAUGCUAAGAUGAGAAGUUGGAAAUCAUGGGAAAACGAAACCAAAACAGCUGAGUACCAUUUUACUCACGAUCCUGAGAGGUUUCGGUUUACACGAGAGACAUCGUUUGGGAGAAGGCACUUGAGUUUUUGGACCAAAAAUCCUGUCCUACUUUGGAUUAUUUGUUUCUUCAGACAAUUCGUAAGAUCUGUCCCAAAAGUUGAUUACUUAACCCUAAGACAUGGAUUUAUCACG